AUGCAGCGCAUUUCACCCCACUUUGUCUGCCCCGCGCUCCUCCAAGACGCCCUCCGUCUCACUUUCGCCUACAGCAAAAUCAGCCCAACGCCAAUUCGUCUGCGACUCUCUGCACCCCGCCGCCGGCUCUGCACGCAGGCCCCGCCUUUGGUUGACGACGACAUGGGUAAAGAGGACAAGAGCAAGAGCUUCAACUUGAAGGUGCCUAAAGGCACACGCGAUUGGACCGGCGAAGACGCUGCUCUCCGCGACCGGCUAUUUCAAACGGUGACUGAAGUCUUCAAGCGCCACGGGGCGACGACACUCGACACGCCCGUUUUCGAGCUCAAGGAGAUUCUCAGCGGCAAAUAUGGAGAGGACUCGAAGCUGAUCUACGACCUGCAAGAUCAGGGUGGCGAGCUAUGCUCUUUGCGCUAUGAUCUUACGGUUCCGCUUGCACGAUGGCUCGCCAUGAACCCGAGUGUACAGAGCUUCAAGCGAUACCAGAUUGCGAAGGUGUACCGGCGGGAUCAGCCAGCAAUGACCAAAGGUCGCAUGCGAGAAUUCUACCAAUGCGAUUUCGACAUUGCAGGCUCCUAUGACACCAUGAUUCCCGAUGCCGAGGUGCUCAAGAUCACAACCGAUGUCUUCGAUGCGCUAGACUGGGGUUCAUAUACAAUCAAGAUCAAUCACAGGAAAAUUCUGGAUGGCCUAUUCAAGGCGGCUGGUGUGAAGGAAGAGCUAAUACGUCCAAUCAGCUCGGCUGUGGACAAGCUCGACAAACUACCGUGGCCGGAGGUGAAGAAAGAGAUGGAGACGAAAGGUCUUCCAACAGAAGUCGCAGACAAGAUUGGUGAAUGGGUACAGCGCAAAGGCGGCGACGACAUUAUCGAAUUUCUCAAAACAGACGAGGUUCUCUCAAAAUCCGAGGAUAUCAGCCAAGGUGUUCGGGAGAUGGAGCUGCUCUUCGCCUACCUGGACGCUUUCGGCUCCCGGAAGAGAAUAUCCUUCGACCUCUCACUUGCUAGAGGCCUAGACUACUACACUGGUCUGAUCUAUGAGGUUGUCACCGAAGGGUCAGCACCGCGUGUGCAAGGACAGCAGCAAGAGAUUGGUGUAGGGAGUGUGGCUGCGGGUGGUCGAUAUGACCAGUUGGUCGGCAUGUUCAGCGGCAAGCCUAUUCCUUGUGUUGGCAUCUCUUUCGGAAUUGAUCGAAUCAUCAGCAUCAUGAAAGCGCGCGGUCAAUCGACACAACGUGCCAAGGACGUUGAUGCGUUUGUCAUGGCGUUUGGUGGCAAAGGCUUCACGGGCAUGCUGACGGAGCGUAUGCAAGUUGCACAGGAGUUAUGGGCUGCAGGUAUCAAGGCCGAGUUUUCUUACAAACUGAAGCCGAAGGUGCAACAGCAGUUCAAGCAGGCCGAAGUGGCGGGUGUUCCACUUGCUGUCAUUCUUGGGGAGGACGAGCUCAAAGAGGGCAAAAUCAAGAUCAAGGUUCUCGGGAUCAAGGACGAAAAUGACCCGGAGAAGGACGGUGUGUUGGUUGACCGGAGCAACAUGGUUACAGAGAUUCAGAAAAGGCUGUGAGGGGCAGCUCCAAGGUUGCGGCGAGUGGUAGCAUGCGGACUGAUAGUGCGUUAUAGAUACCCAUAGACUACUUUCUGCGCACCCACCUUGUUUGGCAAUGGGGAAGAAUGGGAUGUUAGGGGAAAGUUACAAUGGCCAAAGCACGUGUGACCGUUUGA